AUGGCCAGCCGGAGUCUGCCCUGGAAAAAAGUGGUACAGCUUUGGGUCGAUCUUCGGAAGAGGAGGUGCUUGGCUUGGGAUCUGCUCCAUGGACAGCUCUGCCGAGCUUACGCCAGAGGCCACUGGAGCCUUGCUCUCAACAUGCUCGGAGAGAUGCGGCCGCGACGUGCUUCACAUGACUUGGUCUCGUACAACAUGGCCAGCAGCGCCGCCCAAAAUGCUGGCCAAUGGAAAUGGGUCUCCCUGUCGUGUAGCCAGAUGUGGACUUUCCACCUGGUGCCUGAUGCUGCGACAUACUGCAUCGCAGUGACGGCAGCUCAAGGAGCAAGACAGUGGCAGCAGAUAGGAGACUCCUUGCACAUACUUCUGAGGCAGUCUUUGGUCCCAAAUGUGGUGCUAUACAACGCGGUCAUCAGUACUUCUGCCAAAGUGGUUGCAUGGUUGCAAGCUUUGCAAUACGCGGAAGCUAUGCCAGAGAAGCACAUCAGGCGGGAUGUCAUCACCCACAACGCAGUGAUCAAUGCUUGGGAUCGGAGUCGGCAAUGGCAAAGAGCGCUCCGCGCAUUCGUUCUGCUUGAAGCAUCAGUUCAGCCCAACGCAGUUUCGAGUGGAUCUUGCGUGGCUGCAUGUCAGCGAUCCAUUCAGUGGGAGGCGGCAUAUCACCUGGUGGAACAGCGGGUGGGCUCCAACAUCGUACGAAACUCAGCCCUUGCCGCAUCCGCCCAGGGUCAGGCUUGGCAGCAAACUGCGGGACUUCUGUUGGCUGUUCAAAGCAGAAAUCUUAGACUGGACCUGGUUGGCUUCAACACUAUUCUGAGUGGAGGGGCUCACGCUGAGGAGUGGGCGCAAUCUGUUCUGCUUUUCCAAAACUUCGCAGCCGGCAAGACCAAACUUGACGGAAUUUCGUACAGCUCAGCUGCUGGUGUCAUUGCCGCUGCUGGCCGCUGGGACCUGUCGCUCCACUGCCUGGUUGCUUUGCUUUCUACAGGCCGAGCUUUGAACGUGGUUUCCGUCACCGAGGCGGUCCGCGCUUGUGGGAAGAUGGGUAUGUGGAGACCAGCCAUCCUAGCGCAUAGCAUCCUAGCCGGGAGAAGUAUCGAACCCAACAUGAUUUUGAACAAUGUGAUUCUCAACGCGCUUGAGAUGACGAAUCGGUGGGCCGAAGCCCUAAGUUGGAGCGCGACUGCCAGAAGCUUGACAGUGCAGACUAACGAGGUGUCCCGUGGCUCGUUACUGAACGCGUGCAGCAGGAGCAAGCGCUGGCGUUUGGCUCCACUCCUUUUGGAGGAAGCAGAAGCAACUGGUGCUGCAAGCGGGGUGGUGUUCAACAUUGCCAUCUCUGCGGUGGGAGAGGUUUUCGGGUUUAGGGUUUAG